UCCGAACAACUGACUGUUCCUUGGAGACCCCUUCGACCCAUGUUUAUUUCUCUCAUUAAUUUCUCCUUUUGACCCCUUCAAGCCUCAAUCUUUUUCUUUAACAACUCCACUGUCUCAUUCUCUCUGAAAGAUCAAUCCUUUUUUGGGUUUUAAAGAACCCAUUUGUUUUUGCCUUUCAAGUGCUUGUUGUUUUGUUACUUUGAGGGAUUGCUUUGGUUUCCGCGACAUUUGAGAGGAACUUUUGUUGGCGGAGAGAAAUGGGUUUCGUCUUAUCACUCUCCAUGGUUUUCUCUGCUUUCGUGUUUGGAUUUGUGGCUUUGAAUGGCUUCGUGGCGCCUCAAUCUAAUGCUCAACUCUUGCCAGAGGAAGAAGUGGAAACUCUCAAAACAAUAUCUACAAAAUUGCAUAAUGAGCAUUGGAACAUUAAUCAAUCAUCUUGUGGUACCGUGCAGUGGAACACAACAGUCGACUUGACAAGCCAAACUGAAAGGCAAAGCAUUGUCAAAUGUGACUGUUCAUAUAACAAUGGCACUGUUUGCCAUGUCACUAACAUGUUGCUAAAGGGUUAUAAUUUAACUGGAGUUCUUGCGGAGGAAUUUGGUAAUCUUACAUAUCUGCAACAACUUGAUCUCACUCGGAACUAUAUCAACGGAACAAUCCCUGCUAGUUUUGGUCGACUACCUCUUACCAAUUUGUCACUUUUAGCAAACCGUCUCAGCGGUUCAAUUCCUCCUGAAAUUGGCAAUAUUUCUACGCUACUAGAACUGGUCUUGGAGGAUAAUUUGCUUGGAGGACAGCUACCCGAAAACCUUGGAAGUUUGGGAAGCUUGGCAAGACUCCUCCUUUCUGCAAAUAAUUUUACAGGAGAAAUUCCAGAAACAUUUGGAAAGUUGAGGAACUUCACAGAUUUUAGGAUAGAUGGGAGUUCAUUAUCAGGGAAGAUACCGGAUUUUAUUGGCAACUGGACGAAGCUAGAUCGACUGGACUUACAAGGCACAGGGUUGGCGGGUCCUAUUCCUCAAACAAUAUCCCAACUGACAAACUUAACUGAAUUGAGAAUUUCUGAUCUAAAUGGAUCAAGUUCAACUUUUCCUGAUCUGCAAGGCAUGAUAAACAUGGAGCAACUGAUACUAAGAAAUUGCUUGAUAAAUGAUUCAAUUCCAAAUACAUUCGAGGGAAACACUAAAUUGAAAGAAUUAGAUCUUAGCUUCAACAGGUUAACUGGCGAGAUUCCGGCAACAUUUCAGAAUUUGGGAAGUCUACAAUACAUGUUUCUGACAAACAAUUCACUUACUGGAGAAGUACCUGGAUGGAUAUUCAGCAGCAAUAAUAAAAAUUUGGAUUUAUCAUACAACAAUUUCACAGGCUCACCAGCAACUGGUUGCGAGAUGCCUGAAGUGAACUUAGUUGCAAGUCAUUCAUCUUCCCAGAGCAACUCGGUUAAUUGGUGCUUUACGAAUGAGCUCUCAUGCUCCAGUACAACCCAAUAUCAUUCCUUGUUUAUAAACUGUGGAGGAGGCGUAAUGAGUGUUGAGGGAGAUGACUAUGAGGAAGACCUAAAUCCAAGGGGGCCAUCAACCUUCAAUUCUGUAGGACAAAAAUGGGCUUAUAGUAGCACAGGGACCUAUAUGAACAAUGACGAUGCUGCUUUCCUUGCAACAAACUCAUUUUCUCUUAAUGUAAGUGGUGAAGAGUUUUACAAAACUGCCCGUCUGGCUCCUCUGUCACUCAAGUACUAUGGCCUUUGCCUGCAAACGGGCAGUUAUAAAGUGAAGCUCCACUUUGCGGAAAUAAUGUAUACUCAUGAUCAAACAUUUAGCAGCCUUGGAAGACGCAUAUUCGAUGUAUCUAUUCAAGGACAAGUCGUUUUGAAGGACUUCAAUAUUAUGGAGGUAGCUGGAGGAGUUGGCAAGGGAAUAGUAAGGGAGUUUGACGAUAUCUAUGUUGGUGAUAGCAGUUUAGAGAUCCACUUAUACUGGGCAGGGAAAGGAACCACUGCGGUUCCUGACAGAGGUGUCUAUGGGCCACUUAUAUCUGCUAUUUCUGUGACACCAAACUUCAAAGUGGACACCGGAGGGUUAUCGACCGGAGCUAUAGUUGGCAUUGUAAUUGCUUCAUGUGUGGGUGUUAUAUUAAUAUUGUUCGUUCUCCGAAUGAGAGGUUAUUUGGGCGGGAAAUAUGACGAAGAUAAAGAACUUCGUGCACUGGAUCUCCAAACUGGUUAUUUCUCAUUAAGACAACUCAAAGCAGCUACCAAUAAUUUUGGCGCUGCAAAUAAGAUAGGAGAAGGAGGAUUUGGGCCAGUUUACAAGGGUACACUGUCGGAUGGUGCAGUAAUUGCUGUCAAGCAACUUUCUUCGAGAUCAAAACAAGGGAACCGGGAAUUCGUGAACGAAAUAGGCAUGAUAUCAGCAUUACAACAUCAAAACCUUGUGAGACUGUAUGGCUGCUGUAUUGAAGGAAACCAGUUGUUGCUCGUUUAUGAGUACUUGGAAAACAACAGUCUUGCUCGUGCACUUUUUGGUCCAGAGGACCAACGGCUUAAUUUGAACUGGGAAACGAGGAAGAAGAUAAGCAUGGGCAUUGCAAGGGGAUUGUUUUACCUUCACGAGGAAUCGAGGUUGAAAAUAGUACACAGAGACAUAAAAGCAACUAAUGUGCUGCUUGACAAGGACCUAACUGCUAAGAUAUCUGAUUUUGGUUUAGCAAAACUUGAUGAAGAAGAGAACACCCAUAUCAGUACAAGAAUAGCCGGAACAAUAGGUUAUAUGGCACCUGAAUAUGCAAUGAGGGGCUACCUGACUGACAAAGCAGAUGUCUACAGCUUUGGAGUUGUUCUUUUAGAGAUUGUUAGUGGGAAAAGCAACACAAAUUACAGGCCAAAGGAGGAGUUUGUUUACCUUCUCGACUGGGCCUAUGUCCAGCAAGAACAAGGAAACCUUCUAGAACUUGUAGAUCCAAGCCUUGGUUCGAACUAUUCCGCGGAAGAAGCAGUAAGGAUGCUUAACUUGGCACUCUUGUGCACCAAUCCAUCCCCCACAUUGAGGCCAUCCAUGUCUAUGGUGUUGAGUAUGCUCCAGGGCAAGACUCCAGUACAAGCGCCAUUAGUAAACCGAGGUUCAAAUCCAGAUGCAAGGUUCAAGGCAUUCGAGAUACCAUCACACGACAGCCAAACAAAUAUCUCAACUUUCUCUCACAACAGUCAGCAGGAUCAGAGAAACAUAUCGAUUGAUGGACCAUGGAUUGAUUCCUCAAUUUCGAUCCACAGCACGGAUGGGAUUGAAAGUUCUACAUCAAGAGAGCCCCUUAUGAAGGAUCUUUAUGAUGUAAACUUAGAUUGAUGAACGACAAAAGUCGAGCAAGUAUGGUUAAAUUUUUUUUUUUUACUUUAAUUUUGAUGUUGUAAAGUAAUAGUUAUGAAGAAGAUUUAUACAAACACUUUGAUUUUUUAUGCAAAGAGGAGGUGAUGGGUUGGUUAACGAUUUCGUUGUUGAUUGGUUAGUGUUAUUUUGAAAUGAGAC